AUGUUCUACACGAUGUACUUGUCAAGUUUGUGCCAACGCCGGCAAUGGCCAGACCCUAGCUACGAACCAUUUCGCACCCGCAACGGUCACUUCUGCAAGGUCCGUGUAAACAACCGCGAGUAUAGCACCGAAGUGCCGUAUGCCUCGGAAGCAUUGGCUCGGGAUGGUGCUGCUCAAAAGGCUUACAUGAUAUGCCGAAACUUCUCGGUCAACGACGGCAUGUUCCCCGGGCAACGACCUGGACAAAUGACAUCGGCUGGCGCCAUUCAGGGUCUUCCUGUGGCCAUUGGGACUGGACGAGGCAGUAAAAGGAGUUCUGCGGCUAGCUGUGAUACAGCCAGCACGGACGGUACCAGCUCUGGCGACAACAGUCCGAGAAGCUUGGAGAGUGGCUUUGAACAGCAGUUGCGGCAGGUGACGCAGCAGGUACCGAAGCCUCCAGCUCGAUCCAAUAGGUCGAAGGGUGGUGCCGAUGAUUAUGUGUGCUACUGUCGACGGGCACCCGUCAGAGCCUAUGGGCGUUGUGCUUGGUGCUUGAGAGAAAGUGGCUGGGCAUGA